UUAUAGGCAUUAUUGUGAGCGCUUUCCAAGCGAUUAUUGUUGUGUUGCGUGCAUUUGUUGCGUCUGUUUUUGUGCUUUUUAGUUUGUUUGUUUGUUUGUUUACGAUCAUAUAGCCUAUCUAUGAUAACUCAGUCAUAAACAGAAUGCUUAAAAUUAACAAAGUUUUCAAAUGAAGCCUUGAUAGAAUUGUUGUUUAAACUUUAAUGAUUGUAUGAUUAAUUUUAUUCAAAUUAAUAAUGUCCUUUACAAUGUCUUGCUUCAGUAUUGUUUUUUGUUCGUUGCAUUUUCAAAUGAUUGAUACUCUGUUUAAAGAUGCUAAGUAGCCUACGUCAUUGCAGCUGACAGAUACAGACAGUUUUCACGGCUAGUCUACGUGUGUUAUUGCAAAAUUGGUGGUUUGUUUUUAGGUUUUAGGAGAAUAACAUUGCCAUAAGGAAAUAAGAUGUUUAGAUUUCAACACAUACCAGAAGUAAGUGCAGGGUUUAGCAUCAUCUACUGAUGUUUCACAAAGUUCAGCAGAUAUGAUAUUAUUAAUUAUUCAGAAAUUUUAUAACGUUUAAUACAAUACAGAAAUCGACUUAUAGGCUUUUAACAACUUGUGAUUCUGUAUGUUUGUUUUAACAGAAUUUAAUAAAUGAACAUCCAUCAAAGCCUUUUAUAGCAACCCACUCUGAUUCCUCAAACAAAAGAGCAGUUAUUCUUCACUGCUUUUUAUAGCAAGUCACAUUUCUCUUGUUAGUUCUAAGAGGUCAUUGCACUUUUUUUUUUUUUUAUGGAACUCAAAAACUGACUUAUCAUGUGACAGCUUUGAAAUGAUUAUUGCAUGCAUCAAGUGGUCAUCUCUUAGAACAAGAGCCUAUUUUAUGAGUUUUCAUUAUUUAGAAAACGUAUUUGGGGGAGGGGAUUCACUGUUAAGUAACCUCACACAUUUCCUUUCACGAGUUUUCAGCGGCAGGGGCUUUAACUGAAACAUGGAUGCAGCAUCACCUUUGAUCUCCUGGAAGAUGAUUGCAAAAGCUGCAUGUCACCAGAGAGUGUAGUGAAUGCUCAUUAAGUUAAGGCUACCGUUUUUUUUCCUCCAUAAAUCCACUAGAAGCUUUAAAGUGACUAACGGUGCUGAUAGGAAACAUCAAUACUGUGUCCAUUUUAGCUCUAGUUUCAAUUGGUUUUAGAUAAAUGAUUGUCUUUGGCUGUAUAAAGGUUUGUUUUGAGGUGCUUGACAGGUGUUUUUUUUUUGCUACUCUGCCAAGUAAUAGCAUUUUUUUUGACAUGACCUCACCUUUUUGAAAAAAACAAAACAGAAAAAACAGUCUAUAUAGUGGAGGCAAAUACUGGACUUACAAAACAAAAAUGUGGCAUGGCUACAUAAUCAAAUGUAACUUUACUGUAAUGGGAAGCAAUUAUAGUAAAGUAUGUCUGUUGCACUAGUAAUCUGUUCUGCUGAACAUGGUGUUGUAUAAAAAUCCUGAUGUUUUUCUACAUGUUCUUUUGUCUAAAGCUGACUAAAUUUCUUUAUUCCCAAAUUUAAUAUUUUUUUGAAAAUGUUAAAUAAAUAAAUACAUAAAUUCAAUAAUCCUCAAGGACUGCCAAUAAGCAGUUUAUAGGCACAUUAGUAGUCUAAAAUAAUUAAAUGAAUAAAUAAAUUUACUGAUUAACAGUAGACAGCAAGUUUCCUGCAAACCUCAAGAUACCAAAUGAAAUGAUAUGCCUAUAUCUAAAUAUCAUCUUUAUAGAUAAGUCCAUCUAGAUAAGUGGUUUUAUCUGAUAUUGCUUGAGGGCCUGGAUUUCUGCAGUGUCACUUUUCUGUUCUGUGAUUUAAUUCAUUUUGAUCAUUUGAUUUGGAACUGUCAAAUGAAUGAAUGUGUGUAAGGAUAAAACCCCUGCUGUUACAGUAAUUAGCAACCUUAUGUCAUUUACUGUGAAUGACAUUGGAAAGGUAUAAAUAGGACAGAUAGAGGAAGGUGCAAAAAUCACACACAAAAUCACAUCGUAUUUAUUCCAGAACUAUGUGUAAUUGAUGUCUUGAAAGGACUGACCAAAUGGAAGUCGCUAAUGGUAAUCAUUUGGACAAGCAUCAGUUACAGUAUUGCCAGUAAUAUCUCCGUAAAUAUAUGUAGAACUUAUCUAUGAUAGCAAGAGAUUUGUCUGAUAUUGUGCUAAAUUGCACAUCUUUAGAAGACCUAUCAUUAAACCUUGGAAACUGCUCUACUGCUGAGAGGGAUUGCUGAGAAAUUACAUGGCUAGCAGGUCUAACUCAUGUCUAAUUCCUAUGCCAUUUUUCACCACUGUCUCAAAUGCAUCCGUUUUGUGAGGGGCAGUGAUAUAUGUUUAUUUUGUAUCUUCAUGCUGCUUAUAUGAACAUUUUUCAUGGGAAUGCAUGCACUCACUGACUCAGUAUGUAUUGAUUACAGAUAUGAAGGGAGUGUCUUCAGGUUCAGUAGCCGAUAAGAGAUGAGGUGGUUUGUAGAGCUUAAUCUGGAGCCUCAGAAGAUUGGCAGAAGGAAAGUAAUCACACUCCUCAAUAAGGCCCUAAUGGAGAAUGAGACCAUCUCUUCGGGCUAUGUCCCACAUUACCUUCUUCGAGGAGAUCCCUUUGCUUCCAAGCUGUCCAAGGAGGCAGACAUAGUGGCAGCGUUCUACAUCCUUAUCAUUGGUAUCUUGUCCGCCUCUGGAAAUGGUUAUGUCAUAUACACAACCAUCAAACGGAAGGGCAAAUUAAAGCCACCAGAGUUCAUGACGCUGAAUCUUGCUGUGUUCGACUUUGGCAUAUCAGUCUCUGGAAAGCCAUUCUUCAUAGUGUCUAGUUUUGCCCAUCGCUGGCUGUUUGGCUGGCAGGGUUGUUGCUACUACGGCUGGGCCGGCUUUUUCUUCGGCUGUGGAAGUCUCAUUACGAUGACCAUUGUCAGCUUUGACCGCUACUUGAAGAUCUGUCAUUUAAAAUAUGGUACAUGGUUCAAACGGCGUCAUGCCUUUCUCAGUGUUGUUUUUACAUGGAUCUAUGCUGCCUUCUGGGCCACCAUGCCAGUGGUGGGUUGGGGCAACUACGCACCUGAGCCGUUUGGCACCUCCUGCACGCUGGACUGGUGGCUGGCCCAGGCCUCGGUGGCUGGCCAGAGCUUUGUUAUGUGCAUGCUCUUCUUCUGUCUCAUCUUCCCCACCGGCAUCAUCGUCUUCUCCUAUGUCAUGAUCAUCUUCAAGGUUAAAUCCUCAGCCAAAGAAAUCUCUCAUUUCGACACACGGAAUAAGAACACUCACAACCUGGAGAUGAAGUUGACUAAGGUGGCGAUGUUGAUCUGCGCAGGGUUUUUAAUAGCUUGGAUCCCUUAUGCUGUGGUAUCAGUGGUGUCUGCUUUUGGAGAGCCUGAUUCAGUGCCUAUCCCAGUCUCUGUUGUGCCAACUUUGCUGGCCAAGUCCGCUGCUAUGUACAAUCCAAUCAUAUAUCAAGUCAUUGACUGUAAGAAGAACUGUGCACAAUCUUCCUGCUUUCAAUCUUGGAGGAAAAAGAAACACUACAAGACUUCAAGGUUCUACUCCAUCUCUGCCUCCCUGAAACAGCGAGCAGCCAAUGAAGUUCCAAUUGAGAUAUGAGGAAAUGACAGGAACUCACAAUAGGCCUGUGAUAGGACACUGGGCAAUUUGUUAUUGUGCAAUUUAGACAUCAACAGUUCAUACCCACCUAACUUUGCUGUUGUAUCCUACUGCCAUCAACUGCACAUACUCUGCAAACACAUCUUUUCAGUUGAUCUGUGUGUUUCUAAAAGAAUUAAGUGGUAAAUAGGAUUCAUUUUUAUAUAUUUUUUAUGUUUAUUUGUUUGUAUUGUAUCCCAGCAUUUCUCAGAACCACUAUGUUUAAAUCAUCUGCUUGAAUGCUAAAGUGGCUUCGCUUUUCAACAAGUCUGUGUUCAGUCUAUUGUAUCUAACUGAAACCGGUUGUAUCUCACAUAUGUACAACAGCAUGGUCACAGAUAAACAACAAUAUAUAGAUAGCUAUAUACCGUAUAGACAAUAUAUGUGAAUAAUGUUAUUAUUAGUAGUAUUUUUUUAAUCAAAUUGAAUGUACACUGAUGCACUGAUUUAGACCAUUAAAUUUCUUUUGCAUUAUUAUAACAGACAUAGCCUUUACUAAGAGCCCCUAAGGUCAAAAGAAAGUGAACAGUUGGUAAAUAUAAGUUGUUUACAGGUACUAGUGUGGUUAAAUGUUUUCCACAAAUAUUAUAAAUGUUCUGUGGAAGCUGGACAAUAAUGGAAGUUCUAACAGUUAAUAAUGUAGCAAGCUGGGUUUACAAAAUGUUCAAUGUUUAAAUAUGUUCAAAAUUGUUGAGACUAUCAUAUGUCAGAAACUUAAAGGGCCUAAAAUGAACAUUCACUGUAUAAUGAUAACUGAUUAGAGAGAAGCUUGUAAAUACUCAAAACAAAAUGUUAGCACAAUGAUAGCUUAUUAUUAUUAAAUAUUAAAAUUUAAACUUAUUUUGAUGCUGAUCACUGUUUUACCUGAAAGGCUGGAGGUUUGGUUAUUCAGUAGACAUAUUAUCAAAAUGAAAUUGUAUUUAUUUUAUUUUUUGCAAGGCACACUCCAUUAACGUUUAUGUAUUUGAAAAAUAUUUUUUUUACCCUGUAUAGUGAUAAAAACUAAAUAAAAAAAAAAGCGAAUAGUUUUUAGGCAAAGUAUUUAGCAGAAUGUCCAGAGUAAUGUUUUUAGCCCUUUGAAAAAGUGAACCACAAUUUGAAAAGAUUUUUACCAUGAUUGAGUAAAUAAAGGCAAAUAUUUUGAGAGAAAUUAAUUAUUAAAUUAUUUUUGUGCAAUGUAUUUUAGACAAUUGUUCACAAAGGUCUUGAAUGAGCAGAUUUGUGGUGUGCUCUCAUCAACAAAUGCUAGAAUAAAGUUUAACUUGCAAAUGCAUGGAUUGACCUUGUUGGGUUUAGGUUUGAAUGACCAGAGAUUCCCCAUUCUUAUCUCCUGAGCCUCUGACAACUGUAUUACCCAAGGUACUUCUUCAAAUCCUCACAGUCUGUUGGUAGCUGAGCCUUAUGGUGUUGGAUUUCCCUCAGCAGUUUAUCCCGUUUUCCAGCAGUUCAGUAUAAUGCCCACGUCUUUUCUCUGAUGCUUUCAUGCCGUUGUGACAGAGAGGGUGACUUCCCCUGCAAAUCAAUGCCCCAGUUGCAGGAAGCAGAAAAUGCACUGGAUGCCUCACUGACUGCCUUCUGUUGUCCUUGCCAUAAUGCAGUUUACAGCACGCAGGAGCUAGAAUAACAACCAGACAAUACGCUAAAAGACCCUUCAAUUUCCACCGAAGGCUGUAAUGGCCAGCUAUCACAUUGUCUUUAACUGUGAAUUGAAAUGAAUGCCUUUUCAUGUAUCUUGUGCUUUAAUCAGCUUGAUGAAUUAUGUACAGUAUAAAGAAUGAUUAGCACAUUGAACCUGAAGUGAAAAAUAUAAUAAAACCAAAGGAAAACCUA